AUGGCUGCAGCAGUGGCUGGUGUGCUGCGCGCCACGGCUGAGUACUACGGCGCGCUGCUGUACUGCCUGGCCACGCGCUGCAACAUAGAGGGCUGCCCGCUGCUGCAGCACGACACUGCGGCGCUGGUGCACGUGUACUCGCUGGCCAAGACGCUGCAGCUGUGGGCCGUGCCGCACUACCGCGCACCAACGUUUGGGGCCGACAUGCGCGCCAACCUGCGCAAUGUCGCCAUACCCGGCACGGGCGUCCCUCUCAGCUGGUUCUGCGCGUCCUGGUGGCUGGCACUGCUCUUCAUGCUGGUGGUCAAUCCCAUCGCCUGCCUGCUGGGCGCCGUGUAUGCCGCGGAGGGCGGCAGCGCCAGAGGCAGCUGGCUGGGCAAGGUGGCGGGCCGCUACCGCGGGCUGCUGCUGGCGCCCUCUCAUUGGUUUGCCACCUGGCGGCUGAAUUGUGUGCUGGUGGCGUGGCACGCGGCGGUUGGCGGCAGUGCGCGUGACUACGCGCUAGAGGACAAGGCGCCCUUCCUGCUGGAGGCGGACCGGCUAGGCCUGCCUGUGGCGCCCUUUGUCAAGGCACCGCGCGUGUUUGUGAAGCACCGCAGCAUCGAGGGCGGUCAGGGCAUCCAUGUUUUUGACAACUUCACAGCAGGAGGGGACUGGAUCGUGUCAGAGGCGCUGGACAACGCCCCAUGCCUCGCACGCAUGCUGCCUCGUGGCGCGCCCCUCUCCACCUUCAGGGUGGUCACCGCCUCUGUCGUGUGGCUGGAAGAUCGCGAGGCGCAGCGGCAGGGCGCCACGGCGCUGACCUCUGCGGCGUUGGCAGCGGCAGCGGUGGCGGCAGGCGCGGGGCCUCAAGCAGCGGCGGCGCCAGCAGCGCCAGGGGGGAAGGCCCAAGGGGCCGCCGGGCCAGGCGGGCACGUGCCAACUGGCGGCGACUCCGGCCGCCGGCACGGCCAGCUUGCGAAGCUGCAGCUAUCGCCGCUACCGCAGGACAUCCACACGCCACCGCCCUGGCGCCGCAGCCCAAGCCCCAGCCCCGGCGCACGGCGCAUCGUGUCGCGUAGCCCCAGCCCCGGCAUUCGUUCACUGCUGGCAGGACGUCGGAGUCGUGCCAGCCGCAGCCCGCCACUGCCGGUGAGCACGUCAGUGCAGCAGGCAGGCGGUACACCACGGCUGCUGAACAGCGACGACGGCAGCGGUGGCGCAGGGUGGCACAGCCCCACAGGCCGCAGUGGUGCAACCAGCAGCAGCAGCAGUGCAAUGUACGAGCGGUCCAUAGAGGUCUUGACGAGCGUCUUCAGGGCUGGCCUUGCCGGCGCCAAGACAGACCACGUCAGCAUCUGCUUCCCGGUGGAUGACGCCGGAGAGCUGGGCUGCGGCGUCACUGCCAAUCACUGGUACAACCUUGGAUGGCGCCACGUGAUGCGCAUACCCGCCAGUGCCAGCGCCACCUGGGAGGAGCACCCCCAGAGCGGGCACCUCGUGGCAGGCCAGGUGAUACCCGACUGGUGGGCGUCAGUGGCCAGCCUGGCGCUACAGGCGCACGCAUUGUUGGCGCCAGCCGUGCCACUGAUCGGGUGGGAUGUGGCGCUGCCUGCGGAGGGAGAGCCGUGCCUGCUGGAGAUGAACAUCAGCGCCAACAACUUCAAUGGAGCCUACGACAGGGAGGGGUACGCGGACCUGCUUUGUUCCUUUUUUGCGGAGCUUGGCCGUGCGGAGGAGGAGCAGCGGCUUGCAGGGCGCGCAGGCUGA